AUGAGUUCUAUUAAAGAAUUAAAAACUAGCCAAGAUUACAUGAAUAAUGAAUUAACAUAUGGAGCACAUAAUUAUGAUCCUAUUCCAGUUGUUUUAACAAAAGGUGAAGGUAUUUUUGUAUAUGAUGUUGAAAAUAAAAGAUAUUAUGAUUUUUUAAGUUCCUAUUCAUCAGUUAAUCAGGGACAUUGUCAUCCAGAUAUAUUAAAUGCUAUGAUUAAACAAGCUGAAAAACUAACAAUAUGUAGUAGAGCAUUUUUUAGUGAUACUUUAGGAUUGUGUGAACGAUAUCUUGCAAAUUUAUUUGGUUAUGAUAAAGUUUUAAUGAUGAAUAGUGGUGCUGAAGCUAAUGAGACAGCUUACAAAAUAUGUAGAAAAUGGGGUUAUGAAGUUAAAAAAAUUCCUGAAAAUUCAGCUAAAAUUAUUGUUUGUACAAAUAACUUUUCAGGAAGAACUUUAGGUUGUAUAUCUGCUUCUACAGAUCAUAUAUGUAAAAAUAAUUUUGGUCCUUUUGUCCCUAAUUUUAUAAAAGUUGAAUAUAAUAAUUUAGUUGAAUUAGAAAAAGAAUUAAAGGAUCCAAAUGUUUGUGCCUUUUUUGUAGAACCUAUACAAGGAGAAGCAGGUGUUAUUAUACCUUCAGAAAAUUAUUUAAGUGGUGUGUAUGACUUAUGUAAAAAAUAUAACGUCUUAUUUGUAACUGAUGAAAUUCAAACAGCAUUAGGAAGAACUGGUAAAAUGUUAUGUUCACAACAUUCUAAUGUAAAACCAGAUAUAGUUUUACUUGGAAAAGCUUUAUCGGGUGGGUAUUAUCCCAUAUCAGCCGUUUUAGCAAAUAAUGAUGUGAUGCUUGUUUUAAAACCAGGUGAACAUGGUUCAACUUAUGGUGGUAACCCAUUGGCUUCUGCAAUAUGUAUAGCAGCAGUGGAAGUUAUUAUAAAAGAAAAAUUGUGUGAAAAUGCAGAAAAAUUAGGUCCAUAUUUUUUGAAUUCUUUAAAAAAAGAAUUAAAAGAAAGCAAAAUUGUUCAUGAUGUUAGAGGAAAAGGCUUAUUUUGUGCAGUUGAAUUUAAUAAUAGUCUAGUUAAUGUAAAAGAUAUAUGCAUAAAAUUAAAAGAAAAUGGAUUAUUAACCAAACCUGUUCACGAAAGAACCAUUCGUUUAUCACCUCCACUUUGUAUUACAAAAGAGCAUUUAAAUGAAUGUGUGCAAAUUAUUUCUAAAACAAUUAAGUGUUUUGAUGAUCUUAUUUAA